CACCGGCGUCGCCACCUCCUGGAGAAAAUGAAAAAACCUAAAAAUCCAAAGUUCCAAUUCCAGAAAGGUGAAUGUCGUCUCCAGGACUGACGAUGAAACGUCCACAGAGAUGAGCCAAAAAAUAGGAAUAGCCGAUGUUUAGAUGGGUAGUGGCCUCUCAAACCCGCAUACAUCACCCGCCUCCCGUUGGAUCCAACAAUGUUCCUCUCAUUCUGAUCCAUCGCGAUUGGCUCGAGAGCUAGAGUGGAUCGUGGGCGGUGCUACCAACUCAUCCCUUUAAAUAUAAACGUGUGUGAUAUUACCAGUCGUUCACCAAGGUCCGUCACAACUAGUUCACAUUGUUAACGCGACUUUGGAACAAGUCGAAAUUAAUCAUAACCGGCCCAACAAUUUAUAGUAAUUGGUUGAGAUUCCAUUAACACUUAUUCGUGAAUUGUAACAAACAAGAAACACCGCACGUGAUUGCAUUUAUCAAUUUGUGAUUUGAUCCAUUGAGGGGGGAAAAUUUUUUUAAUUUUUUUAUCGACUGAGUUUAUGGAGGUUAUUGGUUUGAGGUGCGAGUGAUUGGAACGAGUCUUCAUGAACCUGGUGGAUUAUUCGUGGCAAUCGGCUCUUGCGGAUUAUCCCAGGGACAUCACUGAGGAGUUUAUACUUGAGUAUUGCCAGAGAAAUAUCAACGUCAUGGAUGGCACGCCAUUUGAUGAUCCCAUUUUCUCGGAUUUUGGGGGACGAACGGGAACGGGGGUCCACAGCAUUCAGGUGAUGCUGGGACUUCAUGGGGGGCAUCAUGCCAAUGAGCUUAUUCCACCUGGGGGACAUCUGCAUAAGUUGGAUGCUGCAGAGGACUCUCCACCGCAUCAUCAGGGGCAUCAUCUGCAGGGACAGCCGGGACAGGGACAUCAGGCGAAGGAGCUGAAGGAAUUGGAGCUCGCAGGGAUGUAUGCACCGCUUGCUCAGGGGGAUGUCACCACUUCUAGCUCCAGUCCCAUCAGUACCACCAGCUCUGGACUGCAGAAUAUGCAGAUCGCUGGGGGCAUCAAGAGGAAGGGGGAGGAUAAUAUUAAUUCUAUUGCACAAGUAACAAAUGAACCACAGCCUACAAAGAAGGACUCGAAGAAAAAAUCUAAUAAUGACGGGAUCAAGAAGAAAAAGACGCGAACAACCUUCACCGCCUACCAACUCGAGGAACUCGAACGUGCGUUCGAGCGUGCGCCCUACCCCGACGUCUUCGCCCGCGAGGAGUUGGCCCUAAAGCUCGCCCUCUCCGAGUCCCGCGUCCAGGUCUGGUUUCAGAAUCGCCGAGCCAAAUGGAGGAAACGCGAGCCGCCUCGUAAGACCGCCGGCUACAUGACAACAGGUGCUGGAAGUGCUGGUCUCUCCGGCUCCUUCACCUCCCUCAACAACAGCCUCAACCCCUUCGCCUCCAGCACGAGUGUGACAACGGCGACGCCACCAGACGCCUGGGCGUACUCCCCCGCUUACGACCUGGCCCCCCACAUGAAUCUCCUCAGUCCCUCGAGCUCCCCCUACUCCGGCUCCUUCGCCGGACCGAGCAACAACGGCUCCGCUUACUCCUACGCCACAAUGUUACCCCAGCACGACGCCUCCCUCUUCACUAGCCCCAGUGGCAACACCAUGCGCGUCCACCAGGACUACAUGACCACCACCAACAACAGCCCCCCACCCUCGAGCCUCACCCGGGCUGACUACCAGAGCAUGGUCUCCGCGCACUCACCCCAACACUCCAAUCAUCUGGCCGCAGCAGGAAGCAAUUCUCUGUCCGAGGAUGAGCACCAGAACAAGCAGAUGGAUUACGUUUCUGGAUUGAGCCCAGCGGAUAAGUACCAUCACGAGCAGACGGACUACUCCCAUCAGGAGGCAUCCCAUAUCAAGCAGGAGUACAGCAUGCACUCACCACCGUCAACUGGACGCAUCAAGAACGAAGUUAUGGUGAAGAGCGAGGGCUCGGGACAGCAAAACUACGUUCAAUUACCACCUUUUUUGAAUUAACGAGAACCCUCAGGAGGCGGGGGGGUUUCUAUCGUCAGAUGCAAUAACGUGCCUUUGGGAUUUACUGGGGUGGGAGGGGAGGGAGGGGGAUUGGUGGAGAAUAGGAUUCCGUAGGGGUUCAGACGCAGACAAAAUGCUCGCGAUAAGAAUUUCAUGAGGGGAGUGCGGAAGAGUAGAAACAUUAUGAUAAGUAAGCCGAUGACACUUGAGCUGCGAACAAAUGUUUUAAGAGUAACAUUUUUUUGGGGGAUUUCAAUCGAAUUUUGGAUCUUGCUGGAUAAUCGAUUGUGAUGGCGAGAUAGAAAAAUGGGAAAAAAUCCCGGUGAUUACGUUUAUUGAUAGAAGUUUAUUGAUAGAAUUUUGGAUCUUCCUGAAUGAUCGAUUGUGAUGGCAAGACAGAAAAAAGGAGAAAUAAUCCCGGUGAUUACGUUUAUUGAUAGAAGUUCACUUGUAUAAGUGAUAAUGAAAUGUCCUAUCAUUGUCAGGGAACAGUAUUUAUAACAAUUCAUAAAUGAAAUUAUAGAUAAAGAGAAAAGUCUGUGAAAAAUUACUGUACCAGGUACUAGAAUCGAGGUGCAAAAUGCUAGAAUACAAGAAAUUGUUUUGUUGACACAUAACAAUUCCUAUCAAUAUCGUAAAUUUUGUAAUUAAUGAUAUGUGGCUUCGCAAAAUUUGGUAAACAGCACUAUAAAAUUUCAAGGUCUAUCAUUUUUUAUUUGAGUUUAAAUGAAAAAUUGAGGAAAUUUUUUUAAAAAUUCCUGUCUAGGUCAGUUUAUUUUAUUGUGGAUUUUUUAAUUUUUUACUGUGCCACACAACAAUUUUUCGGUAACUCAAUGUGAUUGGUUAACGAUUCGCGCCGAAUAUAUCCGAUUAUUGCCGACAUUAGACUUUGAAUUUUUAUGAAGCCGAUGCAAAAUGUGUCCUAAGCCGACAAUGAAAUUUUCCUAUACGAUAUAGUAAUUUUUCUCAGGUCAGUAGUUUGCACCGAGAUUGUAAUACAGCGCAGUAAUUUUUGCCAAAAUCACACUAUAAAAAUUCUCAUAUUUUUCUCUCCGCGUAACCAACCACUCAAAUGUGAAUGAAUAAACAAUUACGUUCAGCAUAAAUUAAUGCUGAUGAAAAUCUCUAAAUAAUCGCACAAACGACCAAUUUACAACCACCUCAUGUUGUGAAUAAUUUGUACAACACCGAGCAAUACUCUUUGUAUUUUUCCUUUUCAAGAGAUAUACAAUCCCAUCGUUUUAAAAACACUUCUGUCCUUUUUUCGAUUUUAUGAAUUUUAACGGUAUGAUGAGUACAAAUGUUAACACACAACACUACGAAAAGGAAAUUUUAAGAUAAGUGGCGUCAUUAGCAGUGAAAAUACGAAUGGAGAUUGAUUAUGAACGCAAGAAUUGUAUGUGAGAAUGAGAGGGUCAUCGGCGACGGUCACUGGUCACUAAAUACCUUUUCAAAAUCAGAAUUGUCAAAUGACAGUUUUUUUUUUUAAUCGUAUUGAUUUUAUUUAAUCAAAAUAAAUCGAAUGAAGUUCAUCAGGCGAACGAUUCAAAUCAUUCAAACGAUGUCUUUGAUAUCUGCCUGAGUUAACUAUGACGUAUCAUAAUCUAAAAAAUCAAAAAGAAUUUUGGGAAAAAAUCGUCAUUUGGUGACAUUGACUAAGGUAUUGCCAGAAGGCUGAUUAUUGGCCGGAAGGCUGAUUACACCUCUAGACUUAUGAAGACCGUCUAACGGCAACAAAGUCAAUAAAGUCAAUGACCUAAGGUAUCAAGCAAUUUACCGAUGACGAAGAUAAAUACUAUCAAAAUGGCAAAUCAUUCAUCUCUUUGUAAAAAAUAUUUAUUUGCCUCUAUCCAAAAAAAUACUUUUUGAUUCACUCAUUUUUUUGACAAGUCUACGGAGAGGAAAAUCUGUGAAUGUAGUGUGACUCCGACAAAAAUGACUUCACUGUCUAAUGAAAUUUCUAUUAGGAGUGUGAAUAAGUCUUUCCCGUUUUUUUUCAAAUUUUGAGCCUUUAUUGUGAAAAAAUGGUUACAAAUGAAUUAUUGAAAGUAUUGGCCGUCGUCUUCUUGCGUUUGACACGAAUCUUCAUCAAGCAAAGUCGCCAAUUCUUGAUCUUCAAAGAUUUGCGGCCGCCCGGAACGCUCCUUGUCUUCCACGUCGAAAUCACCACUUUUGAAGCGUCGAAACCAUCCGCGAACACUUGAAUCAUCGACACAACCUUCUCCAUAAGCUUCCUGAAGCAAUCGAUGCGCCUCGGCAGCAGAUUUCUUCAAAUUGAACCAAUAAAGUGAAACUUCCCGCAAAUGACGUCGACUCGGCUCAAAUUUCGACAUUUUCACGAUAUCAAAAAUUUAUGAUGCGAAAAAAUUUCAACUAAUGUGUUAGUGUGGAAUUGUUGACAGAUGAAUAAGCUUUGAUUAUGACAUAUGUAACCAUUGAAUACUCGCACAGUAUUGGUCGCGGCAUCUCUUACAAAAAACGGGAAAGACUUAUUCACACACCUAAUAUAUCUUCAAAGAAUAAGUUGUCGGUAGAUCAAAUAUGAAGACUAAAGUUGUCGCAGGAGUAAUUAUUGUCGGUAAACGGAAAUAAAUUUUUGAUAAAAAUUAGACCUCCAGAGGGUGAAACGUGGGACAAAAUGACAAUGAACCACUUUUUAGGUGAAGUUUUCUUGUGAAAAUUACACUAGGAGUCUAAUUUGUGUGAUAAAACUAAUCUUUGCCUCUCGUUUCACCCCCUGACGUCUAAUUAUCACAUAAAAUUUUUUUCGCAUUUUGUCUGCGGGUCAAAACCCGUGUUACCGAGAAUAAGGUCGAUGUUAUUGGUACGGGAAUACGACUACAUGAGGAAAAAUGAUGGGCAGAAGGUAUUCAGUAAAUAGUUAAUGAUGGAUCCUCCUAAACUGAUGUUCAGGAACGCCGUCACUGGCUCGGUGACCAGCGUCAGGCCAGCGUCAGGCCAGUGUUAAGCCUGCUGCAACGUUGUCACAUUGGUCCACAAUCGACUGACCACAUGCACUAGCUCCAGGCGACGAUUUUCGCUUGAGUCUCACAAGAUUAUUAUUUCCGCGACAAUGACGUGGUUCAGGGGAAUGAAAAUGUCACGAGUCCCUUCGAGAGGGGUUGCACUGAGUGUUGUAAUUUUUAAAAAUUUUCUAACUUAUAAUUUUGCGUAAAAGAAAAAAUCAAAAAAACGGCGCAGCCCUCAUCGAGCCAGUGACGAAGGACUGCGGACAAUCAGAUGAGGUCUAGGACAUUAAAAAACCGCCAGCGGUUUUAAUGAAAAUUUUUAUAGACAUAUUAAAAUUCAUUUAAGCACCAAUAGAUAAGGAAUUUUUAAAGUUGCUGGGUGUACGUGAAAUUAAAGGGCGCAUCUGCCACUCAAGUAUUUUUUCUACAUUAAGGAGCAGUCAGUAAUGUAGGAAACAUUCGAAAAUGAUCCAUGAGCCUUCUAAUCCUCGAGAGAACUGGAUUUUCAUUUUUACAUAAUUGAUUAAUGGAUUAUCAGUAUGAAUAAUUACAUCGGCAAAUUUGAGGUGAUGAUAAAUGUUGAGAAAAGCCUCCAGAGCCCGAUAAUUGUUUGUUAUUUUUUACGCGUGUUAGAUUAAGGCGAUUUUCUUCCCUGAGGUUUUUUAAAAUUUAUAAAAUUUGGAGAUAAUCCUAGUUCUUCCAGACACACCAAAGAUAAGUCCUACUCCAACAACUCAAAUUGGAUCCAUUUAAAGUCCAAACGCUAGUGCUCUUAUCGUCUCUACAUUUAAGUGCUUACGUUAAAUAUAUCGAAUAAAAUAUGUGGUCUAGAUUUA